UACCAGCUCAGUGACAAGAAAAUAUCUUUUUUUUUUUUCUGAGAGUGCAUUAAUGCACACGAGAUUUUCACUGGUAACUGAUUUGAUAUUUUUACAGGAUAGGCUGAAAGGAUCCAGAUGUGGUCUGCUUAGGUCGCCUACCUUUCAGUGUCUUUAGCCCGGAUGUGGGCUGCUGGUUUCCGCUGAUAUCCUACAGUGUGCUGCGUGUGUAAAUGAUAGGUGAGCCACUGACUGCAUAUCGCUGCCCUGAAGAGCCGACGGGGUUCAGAACCCAGUAGAAAUCUUUACCUGCGGGGAUUUUCCGAUACACAGACAGUAUUAUCUUCAUGUCCGUGAGCAGGACGCCUCUGAGCUGACCGUCUGCCGCAGUCCGGCCGUCAGUCUCCCGGAAGAUGGUGAAGAGGAAGAGCUUGGAAGACAGCGAGCAGGAGAGCUGCGGAGGAAUACCGUUUCCCAUCCAGACCUUCCUGUGGAGACAGACCAGCGCGUUUUUGCGACCGAAGUUAGGGAAGCAGUAUGAAGCAUCCUGCGUGUCUUUUGAGAGGGUGCUGGUGGAGAAUAAGCUCCAUGGGCUUUCUCCAGCUCUCACCGAGGCCAUCCAGAGCAUCAUGCGCUGGGAGCUGGUGCAGGCCGCUCUGCCUCAUGUUCUCCACUGCACUGCCAUCCUCCUCUCCAACCGCAACAAGCUAGGGCACCAGGAUAAACUUGGUGUUGCCGAGACCAAGCUACUCCACACUCUUCACUGGAUGCUGCUGGAGGCAGCUCAGGAGUGCCACCAGGACCAGGGACAUGGGUGGUCUGGGGGAGGCAGCAGUGGCAGCAGCAGUGCCUUCUUCCAGCCUUUGAGUAACCAAAGCCAUCAGGAACGCAAUGGCAGUACUCCAGAAGAGAAUGAGUACGCCCGAGCCAAACUUUACCACAAGAACAUGGCCACUGUAGAGCUGUUCGUUUUUCUCUUUGCUCCUCUUGUCAACCGCAUUAAGGAGUCUGAUCUUACAUUUCGAUUGGCUAGUGGCCUUGCCAUUUGGCAGCCAAUGUGGGAGCAUCGUCAGCCUGAUGUGCCUGCCUUCUCUGCCCUCAUCAAGUCCAUGCGCAACAUUGUUACUGCAAAGAGGAACUCUCUGGUAAAUAACCAGUGUAGUCUCUGUGCUCCCAGCAACCCUUGCUCCACGGUGGUAUGUGAAUCUGCUCAGUCUGACUCCUCCUCCACUUCAGUGAAGGGCCAGAGCUGUCGCCGUGGCAACUCGGUGGAGAGAGGAGGCACCUCACAGCAGCCAUGUGAUCGAGGCCUCACUCAGAAGAAGUUGUCAGCACCUGGAGCUAUCUCUGUGUGCCAGCGGGCACGCUAUGCCACCUACUUUGAUGUGGCUGUGCUACGCUGCUUGCUUCAGCCUCACUGGACAGAGGAGGGUGUGCACUGGGCACUUAUCUUCUACCUGCAGCGGCUUAGACAGAUUCUACAAGAGAAGCCUGAGCGGCCACCGGAACCCCCCUCAGCACCCCUGCCUCGACCACGGAGCAGCUCCAUGGUGGCUGCAACGCCAUCUCUAGUCAACACACAUAAAACACAGGACAUGACCUUGAAGUGUAAUGAGGAGGGGAGGUCUCUGAGCUCAGAGACCUUCUCCAAAAUAUCCUUUACCAACCUCAGAAGACAAGCCAUCCCAGACCUCUCUACAGACAUGGGCAUGAACAUUUUCAAAAAGUUUAAGAACCGCAGGGAGGACAGGGAGAGAAAAGGCUCUAUUCCUUUCCACCACACGGGGAAGAAGAGACAACGGCGUAUGGGGGUACCUUUCCUCAUGCACGAGGACCACUUGGAUGUGUCACCUACACGUAGCACCUUCUCAUUCGGGAGCUUCUCUGGAUUGGGUGAUGACCGGCGGCCCCUGGAGCGAGGUGGCUGGCCCUCCAGUAUCAUGGGGAAGUUGACUCGUCGUGGCAGCACAGACACAGCAGCGGAUGUGGACAGUCUCGGAGUAAAACACUCUCAUUCCCACCACAACCUGCCUGACCACUCCAACAGUCACAGUGAUAACACCAUCAAAGAGGGUGUCCGUUCCCAGAUCUCUACUAUCACUAUGGCCACCUUUAACACAACGGUGGCCUCCUUUAAUGUGGGCUACACUGAUUUCUUCACGGAGCACAUUAAGAAGCUCUGCAAUCCCAACCCCAUCCCUGAGAUGCCCUGUGAGCCAUUGGCUUGCUCCAACCUGCCACGCAGCCUCACUGACUCCUGCAUCAACUACUCAUGUCUGGAAGAAAGAGACAGCAUUGAGGGAACCAACAACUUUAUCCUGAAGAAUGGCAUGCUGGAUCUCUCUGCUGUCCUCAGAGCUGUGUAUGCCAUCCUCACUCAUGACAUUAGCUCGCGGAUCUGCGAUGUGGCCCUCAACAUUAUCGAGUGCCUCCUGCAGCUGGGUGUUGUGCCCAGCAUGGCCAAGAAGGUUGCCAAACCAGAGGACAAGGUGAAGGAGGCAGACCUUUCUAAGGAAGGAGCCAGCCAAAGUGUAGGCGGUGCUCAUGGGGGUGUGGCUGGCGGCACAGGGGCUGUUCCCAGUGGAGGGAGUGGAGAUGGUGAUGGAGGAGGUGAUGGUGGAGGAGGAGGAGGUGGUGGAGGAGAGAGUGGAAGUGGAAGUAAAAAUGAUAUUAAAAACAACAAAGGCAAUAAGGAAGAGGACUCUGCCCUUAGCACCCACAGAUUAGCUCUAACUAUGCUUAUUAAAAUUGUGAAGUCUCUUGGCUGUGCCUAUGGCUGUGGGGAAGGCCAUCGUGGGCUUUCUGGAGACCGUCUACGCAUGCAGGCUCAGAACUGCCUGACCAGUCUGUACAAGCUAGAUAAAGUGCAGUUCCGGCAGACCAUGAAAGAGUACGUCAACAAGGAUUCUCUCAACAACAUAGUGGACUUUCUGCAUGCUCUUCUUGGCUUCUGUAUGGAGCCCAUCACUGACAAAUACGGCAGUGCAGGUGAGAGGUCCAGGAGGGCGAAUAAGCGAAACUUCGACAAGGCUGGCUUUGGAAACAAUUUUGCUACAGGAGGGGAUAAAUCUCUUGCCCAGAGCAUGGAGGCUGUGGUUGUGGGCUGCAUGUUCAAAUCUCUCAUAACCAGAUGUGCGUCCACUACACAUGAGCUGCACAGUCCAGAAAAUCUGGGUCUGUACUGUGACAUUCGACAGCUGGUUCAGUUUAUCAAAGAAUCACACGGCAAUGUAUUUCGCCGUGUGGCACUAAGUGCCCUAUUGGACAGUGCAGAAAAACUCAAUGCCACAAAGAAAACUGAGGACAAAGAGGAGACCAAGACAACUGCACAAAAAAGUGAGGAGCAGAUCCCUGGAGCUCUAUUAGGAAGGAAGGACUUCUGGAGGAAGAUGUUCAAGUCUCAGAGUGCUGCCAGUGACACCAGCAGCCAAUCAGAGCAGGACACAUCAGAGUGCACUACCGCCCACUCAGGCACCACCACAGACCGGCGCUCACGCUCUCGCUCUCGACGCAUCUCACUGCGCAAGAAGCUUAAACUUCCAAUAGGCAACUGGUUGAAGCGUUCAUCCCUGUCCGGGCUGGCUGACGGCGUGGAGGACCUCUUGGACAUCAGCUCAGUGGACAGACUUUCCUUCAUCAGGCAGAGCUCCAAGGUGAAAUUCACCAGUGCUGUCAAGCUGUCAGAAGGAAGUGCCACAGAGUACGGCCGGGAGGAGGAGGAGAACUUCUUCAAGAGGCUCGGUAAAUGGCGGUCUGGCCGACGGAACCCAUCCAAGCUUCACCACACAGAGGAGAAAGAUGGAUGCCAUGGAUUCCCAGAGCGCUUGACUUCGAACCACGAGGCAAUGAAGAAUAAGAACAUAGUAAAUCUUGGUGCCAUUAGACAGGGCAUGAAGAGGUUCCAGUUCCUCCUGAACUGCUGUGAGCCAGGCACCAUCCCAGACGCCUCUAUCCUGGCUGCUGCACUGGAUCUGGAAGCUCCAGUGGUGGCGAGGGCCUCCUUGUUCCUGGAGUGCGCUCGUUUUGUGCAUCGCUGUAACCGUGGCAACUGGCCAGAAUGGAUGAAAGGUCACCACGUCAACAUCACCAAGCGAGGUCUUUCACGAGGACGCUCACCUGUGGCCGGGAACAAGAGAAACAAUAAGCUGCAGUGGAACGCAGCUAAGUAUUUCUACCAGUGGGGCGAUGCAAUUGGUACUCGUCUGAGCGAGCUGUGUCACUCAGAUAGCGAGAGUCCAGCUAACAUCCUGGGCUUUAUUUAUGAUGAGGAGAGUAAAAGGAGGGCGAGGAAAGAGGAUGAAGAGGAAGAUUUCCUGGAUGACAGUACUGUAAACCCCACCAAAUGCAGCUGUCCCUUUGCUCUUAAGAUGUCUGCUUGUCAGCUCCUUUUAGAGAUCACUACCUUCCUGAGAGAGACUUUUCCCUGCCUUCCACGCCCACGCACAGAGCCCCUAGUGGAUUUAGAGAGCUGCCGGCUGCGUCUGGACCCAGAGCUGGGCCGCCAUCGCUACGAGAGGAAGAUCAGCUUUGCCGGAAUCUUAGACGACGAGGAUGGCCAUGAUUCCCUGAACAGCAGUAGUCACACUCUGAAGUCGGAUACAGCAUGUGAUGAAAAGAAAUCAUCUCAAGAACCCCUGGCUCCCACCAGGAAGAUCCGCAUUGGAGGUUCUCGGCUGCUGCAGAUUAAAGGGGCAAGGAGUUUCAAGGUGAAGAAAGGUGGUUCUCUGUCCUCCAUCCGUAGAGCUGGCAGUCUGAAGAGCACCAAGAUGUCUCGGCAGGACUCGGAGUCCGAGAAUGACGCUGAGUCUGAUCGUCUGCUGUCUCAGAGCAGAGACACGGUCACUGAUAUUGGGAGCCCCUGGAGUGCUAGUGAGCCCAGCAUUGAGCCCGAAGGUCCUGGAAGCACCAGUGGAGUGGACGACUACCACCGCAACAUGUCGUGGCUACAUAUCAUGAUCCUGCUGUGCAACCAGCAGAGUUUUAUCUGCACCCAUGUGGACUAUUGCCACCCUCGCUGCUACCAGCGCCACAGCCGCUCCUGUGCUCGCCUCGUCCGUGCGAUCAAGCUGCUUUAUGGAGAGACUGUUGAUAGCCUGAGAGAGAACAGCUCCAGCAGUAGCGUUAGCACCCGUGCCAAGAAAAGCAAAGAGUGCUCAGACAAGUCAUGUCUGCGGACUCCAUCUAUGAAGAGACGUCCUACUGACAGCAACGCAGAGGGGAAAAAAGACACUGGGAUGCUGAAGUACAUCCGCACACAGGUAAUGAGUCUGUCACCAGCACCUCUUUCCCUGCUUAUAAAAGCAGCUCCCAUCCUGACAGAGGAUAUGUACGGAGACAUUCAGCCUGCUGCGUGGGAGCUCCUGCUCAGUGUUGAUGAGCACAUGGCUGCUGCUGCAGCGGCAAUGUUUCUGCUGUGUGCAGUAAAGGUUCCUGACGCUGUCACUGAAAUGAUGAUGGCUGAGUUUCAGCACCAGGAAGCAAGUCAAAGGAUUAACUCUGUGCUCAAAUUCUACACUGUCUGGAGGUUCCGCUACCAGGUGUGGCCUCGCAUGGAGGAGGGAGCGCAACAGAUCUUUAAGAUUCCUCCACCCAGCAUUAAUUUCACUCUGCCAUCCCCUAUUCUGGGAAUGCCCUGUGUGCCCAUGUUUGACCCGCCUUGGGUGCCAGUGAACACUGGAACUGUGCCAGAUGCAAUCACUGAAGAUCAGUCUAAAUCGUUCUCAGCUCGGGCCGUGUCACGCUCCCACCAGCGUGCCGAGCACAUCCUAAAGAACAUGCAGCAGGAGGACGAAAAGAGGAGACUGGGGCGGGAGGCCAGCAUCAUCACAGCCAUCCCCAUCGCUCAGGAGGCCUGCUACGAGCCCACCUGCAGCCCUCCACCUGAACAGGAGGAAGAGGAAGAUGUGGUAAAUCUGGCGUCUCGUCGUCUCUCUGUGAGCCCGUCUUGUGCCUCCAGCAACUCACACAGGAACUAUUCAUUCCGCCGUGGCUCAAUGUGGUCAGUGCGCUCAGCAGUCAGUGCUGAAGAUGAUGAAAACACUACAGAACACACACCAACACAUCACAUGUUGCAGCCACCUCAGGCUGUGUUCCCAGCAUGCAUCUGUGCUGCGGUGUUGCCCAUAGUGCACCUAAUGGAGGAUGGAGACAUUCGAGAGGAUGGUGUUGCAGUUAGUGCCGUGGCUCAGCAGGUGCUGUGGAACUGUCUGAUUGAAGACCCAGCUCUCGUUCUCCGGCACUUUCUAGAGAAACUAACAGUCAGUAACAGACAGGAUGAGCUGAUGUAUAUGCUAAGGAAGCUGCUCCUCAACAUUGGGGAUCUUCCUGCACAAACUUCACACAUCCUCUUCAACUACCUGGUGGGUUUAAUCAUGUAUUUUGUUCGGACCCCGUGCGAGUGGGGAAUGGAUGCUAUCUCAGCUACACUGACCUUUCUGUGGGAGGUGGUGGGCUACGUGGAGGGCCUCUUCUUUAAAGACCUUAAACAGACCAUGAAGAAAGAGCAGUGUGAGGUGAAACUGCUGGUCACUGCCUCUAUGCCAGGAACAAAGACUCUGGUGGUUCAUGGGCAGAAUGAAUGUGAUAUUCCUACACAGUUACCAGUACAUGAGGAUACACAGUUUGAAGCCUUGCUCAAGGAGUGUCUUGAGUUCUUCAAUAUACCAGAGGCUCGCUCAGCCAACUACUUUCUUAUGGACAAGCGCUGGAAUCUCAUCCACUAUGCCAAGACGUAUGUGCGAGACAUCUACCCUUUCAGGAGAUCAGUGUCCCCUCAGCUCAACCUGGUCUACAUGGAACCGGAAAAGGGGCAGGAGCUCAUUCAGAAACAGGUGUUCUCCAGGAAGUUGGAGGAAGUGGGCCGAGUUCUCUUCCUCAUUUCACUCACCCAGCGCAUGCCUGCAAUGCACAAACAGUCCCACGUCUCCUUGCUUCAGGAGGACCUGCUGCGCCUGCCCUCCUUUCCUCGCACAGCCAUAGAUGCUGAGUUCACUCUCUUCAAUGAGCCUCUGGGGAAAGAACUCUUUGGGAUGGACACUUUGCACAAGGUUUUGUGGAUCAAGCUGUUGGAGGAGAUGUUUCUGGGCAUGCCUAGCGAGUACCCGUGGGGCGACGAGAUCAUGCUCUUUCUGAAUGUGUUCAAUGGAGCCCUGCUGCUCCACCCUGAAGACAGUGCCCUCCUCAGGCAGUACACUGCCACAGCCAUCAACACCGCUGUGCACUUCAACCAUCUGUUCUCCCUGAGUGGCUACCAGUGGAUUCUUCCCACAAUGCUUCAGACAUACGCUGAUUAUGAAAGUAACCCAUUGCUUCGUCGAGGCAUUGAGUUCUGCUGCCGGCAGUUUUACAUUCUCCACCGCAAACCAUUCAUCCUGCAGCUGUUUGCCAGUGUGGCCCCACUGCUGGAGUUCACUACCUGCACCAGUACUGGACUGUCUAAAGGUGUGUCUGCCCAGUGCCUGUUUGACCUGCUGGUGUCCCUGGAAGGAGAAACAGCCGACAGCCUGGAUGCUUUGGAGUUGGUCAAAGCUGAGAAGCCACUACGUUCUCUGGAUUUUUGCUAUGGCAAUGAGGACCUAGCCUUCUCCAUCAGUGAAUCCAUCAAGCUGUGUGUAACUGUGGUGGCCUACGCUCCUGAAUCCUUCCGAAGUCUACAGAUGCUGAUGGUUCUAGAAGCACUGGUUCCUUGUUAUUUGCAGAAGCUGAAAAGUAACAGUCAGGCCCUGGAGUCAGCGUCUGUAGCCAGAGAUGAGAUUGCAGCCAUAGCCGCACUGGCCACCUCUCUGCAGGCUUUGCUGUAUAGUGUGGAGGCCCUGACACGACCUAUGACUGCACCUCAGAUGAGUCGCUGCGAUCAGGGCCAUAAAGGAGGAACUGCUGCCAACCACACAAUGUCUGGAGGACCAAAUACCAGAGAUAACCUUCACCUGCUGGAGGAGGGUCAGGGCAUGCCCCGGGAGGAGCUGGAUGAGCGCAUCGCCCGCGAGGAGUUCCGCCGGCCUCGAGAGUCCCUGCUCAACAUCUGCACUGAGUUCUACAAACACUGUGGCCCACGACUAAAGAUCCUGCAGAACGUGGCUGGAGAACCCAGAGUCACUGCUCUAGAGCUUCUGGAUAUAAAGUCUCAUAUGAGGCUGGCAGAGAUUGCACAUUCGCUCCUGAAGCUGGCACCAUACGACACUCUGACCAUGGAGAGCCGUGGCCUGCGCCGCUACAUCACCGAAAUGCUGCCCAUCACUGACUGGUCAUCAGAAGCAGUGCGGCCAGCUCUCAUCCUCAUUCUCAAGCGCCUGGACCGCAUGUUCAACAAGAUCCACAAAAUGCCCACGCUCAGGUGCGCCCGUCCACAGGCUCUGUAUUCCAGACGACAGGUGGAAUGGGAAGCAGCCAGCAGUCUGAUCGAAGGGAUUUGUUUGACUCUUCAUCGCCAGCCGAUAAUUUCCUUUCUCCCCCACCUGCGCUCUCUCAUCAAUGUCUGUGUCAACCUGGUGAUGGGUGUGGUUGGACCCUCCAGUGUAGCAGAUGGUCUGCCGUUGCUGCACUUAAGUCCUUACCUCUCCCCUCCUCUCCCAUUCAGCACAGCUGUGGUUCGCUUAGUGGCCAUGCAGAUACAAGCUUUGAAGGAUGACUUCCCGCUCAGUCAAGUGAUCUCACCCUUUACCAAUCAGGAGAGGCGAGAGGGCAUGCUACUUAACCUUCUGAUUCCAUUCGUGCUGACUGUUGGCUCAGGAAGCAAAGACAGUCCUCAGAUUGAGCAGGCGGAGGUCUUCCUGCUCCUGCAGACGGUCAUCAACAUCCUGCUGCCUCCGCGCAUCAUCAGCACAUCUCGCAGUAAAAAUUUUGUUUUGGACGCGUCCCCGGCACACUGCUCCACCCCUGGAGACACGGGCAAGGACCUGCGCCGAGAGGGUCUGGCUGAGUCUACGAGCCAAGCCGCUUAUCUAGCUCUGAAGGUGGUGCUGGUGUGCUUCGAGAGGCAGCUGGGUAAUCAGUGGUACAGACUGAGUCUGCAGGUGAAGGAGAUGGCUCUGCGCAAAGUGGGUGGUCUUGCUUUCUGGGAUUUCAUCGACUUCAUAGUGCGCACUCGCAUCCCCAUCUUCGUGCUCCUGCGCCCCUUCAUACAGUGCAAGCUGCUAACCCAGCCGGCAGAGUCUCAGGAGGAGAUUACAGCCCGGCAUCACAUCGCCGACCAGCUGGAGAGACGCUUCAUCCCACGCUCACUCUGCAAGAGCUCACUGUUCGCUGAGUUCAACAACGAGCUCAAGAUCCUGAAGGAGGCCGUGCACAGUGGCUCGGCAUACCAAGGAAAGACAUCCAUCAGUACAGUGGGCACCUCCACAUCAGCCUACCGGCUGAGCCUGGCCACCAUGUCUCGCUCAAACACAGGCACGGGGACAGUGUGGGAACAGGAUAGCCAGCCGUCCCGCCAGCCCUCACAGGACACACUUAGCCGCACUGACGAGGAGGAGGAGGAAAAUGAUUCCAUAAGCAUUCCCAGUGUGGUAAGUGAGCAUGAAGCUUUCUUACCCAGCUUAAUUACACAGCGCCGUUUCUCCAGCCAUGCCACAGGCUCCGCCUCCACGCAGCCAGAGCCGGUUCUAAGCACCAUGCUGCCCAGUCACAGUGAACCCAAUGUGCUAGAUGAGUCCCAGGGGCUGCUGGAGGAGGGUACCCUGUCACGGGUCGCAAGCGUCCAAAGUGAGCCAGGCCAUCACAAUCUCUUACUUCAGCCACCACUUGGUCGUAAAAGAGGUCUGAGGCAGCUUCGUCGCCCGCUGCUGUCCAUCCCACGAAUGCAGGAUGAAUGUCGUGGACGGCAGGGAGCCAGACUCUCAACUACUCGCAGGAGCAUCCAGCCCAAGAACAAAGCAGUUGAUAGAGCACAUAGUGACCAGAAGAGGUCAGUCACCUUCACUGAAUCCCAGGAAGCUCCUGGAAAGUCUCCUUCUUCUACACCCACAGCUAGCACUGCUCUGCUGGGAGCAACAGGAGCCAGAAGACCUAGCCACUCACCCACAACUCCUGCUCCCUCUGAGACUCCAUCACCCUCCAUCAGAGCUGAGCAGCACAUCCCAGCACACCCACAGGCCUCACCUGUUGCUGACAGUAAAGAAAAGCAAGACAAAGGUAGCACGAGAAGUAGCCUCUCUCCUACGCCAUCCUCCACUCCAGCCUCCAGGUCAUGCUCUCCCCUCCCUUCCUCUUUGUCGAUGCUGAGCACUCCUGUUCGGCUGAACCCAGCUCAGAUCCGCGAGAGUCCGGAAGACGAGGAAACUUCAGGGCUUUUGGAAAACACAGAAACCUCGCUCCACGUGGCUGAGGAGCAUGGCACAGAGAACCCUCUCCUGACCUCUCUGCUCACACCUCAUUCUCUGUCCCCUCUGCCUCUGUCUCCUGUAGAUCUGGACUUGGACGAGUCUCAUGUCUGAAUGCCUAAAAACCUUUAAAAGCUUAUCCAAAAAAGCAUCAGGGAAAGGUCAGUGGUGCACAGUUCAGCAUUUGGCUAUUAAAAUGCCACUAUACACCAGGACUCAUGAGGGAAAAGGCCAGUGGUAGUUGUGUUAGUGACCACAAGAUUAUGGGUUUAAAUCUCACAGAUUGAGAUUUAAACAAAUUGCCAGAUUGACACUGUCGAUUCACUGUGCAUUAGUAACCUUUAACUGCUUUAAAACUGCAUUUGGCCCACAAAAAGCAAUUUUAUAGGAAAAAAGUAAAAUCUAUUUACUAUGUAGAUUACGAAAGUAUAAAGUAUACCAAACAAAAAGUUACUGUAAAUGAUCGUUUCUCUGGGGAAAUUCAAACAGUGAUAUAUUCAAAAACUAAAUUAUAUACCAGGGGGAUUCAACUAAAAUACGUUAGGGUCUGGAUAAGCAGCUAAAAUGAAUAAAUAAUGACAACAGUUACCUUUUAAUGCUUAAACAUUAAUGAUUAGUUUAUGCCUAUAAAUAAAACAAAGUGGUUAGGUUUUGUUUUGUAGUGGUGUAUCACGUUACCACUUUUGAAUCUGCUGGGUAUUUAAGAUGACCUGAACUACAGAGAAGCUUAAUCAGUUUGUGCAGUGUCCCUAUGGUCAUGUAUGAACUCCAUACUUGACCUAAUACACAUGUUCUGUAGGUAAAACUGGUUACUCUGCACAUCACUCAAACGAAUUUGCUGUAAAUAAACUAGCUUUAGAUGAGUUUAGAUAUUCAUAAAGCACUGUGAGUUAACGUCAGAGCUCAUCUACCACAGAAAAUCAAUAAACAGGUAGCGUUCAGUUCUGGGGGUAUUCCAGUAAGUGGGUAUAGAAAUUAACCCCUGAGUUUUCCAUUCCAAAAACUGAGAUGGGAGUGAGUCUAGCGGCUGGCAACUUGCGCUGUGACGCUAACAUGCAUCACUCCAGUUUUAGCCUUUCUGCACUGGCUGUCUGUCCAGUACAGGAUCCAAUUUAAGGUCCUUUUAUUUGUUUUUAAAGCUCUUAAUGGGAUAACUCCUCCUACAUAAUAACUGCUCUCUCAAUAAUCAGCUCCUAGGUCUUGAAGGUCUUCUGAUCAGUCACUCCUAGCUGUUCCACAGUCUCGGUUGAGGCUAAAGGGUGACCAUGCCUUUGCAACUGCUGCACCAAGGCUGUGAAAGAGCCUAUCCGUAGAUAUCAGGAACACGUCCUCAGUUACCAUUUUCAAAUAAUAAUCAAAUCAAAACUAAAAUCAUAUCUUUUCACACUUGCAUUUUGAAUUUCUCCUAUUUAUUUUUUUUCUAUUAUUGUUAUUACUAUUACUAUUUAAUGUCUUAGCAUUAUUCUUUAUUUAUUGUGCCCUGUCUGUAUUUUAUUCUUAUGUAUAGUCCCCUCUGAAUGUAUUGGAAAAGGCAAGGCCAAUACUUUUGUUUUUGCUAUACACUGAAGACGUUUAGGUUUGAUAUCAAAAGAAUAUGAGACGACGGAUCAGAAUUUCAGCUUUCAUUUCUGACAUUUACAUCUAGAUGUGUUAAACAGCUUAGAUCAUGGCACCUUUGGUGGCAGGCUAUUAAAUUUUUAGGUGUGCAGAAGUAUAGGAACAGAUGGUUUUAAAGUAAAUUAAUGUAAAUAACACUUAAUAUUUGGUUGCAUAUCCCUUGUUUCCAAUAAUUGCAUCAAGCCUGCAACCCACUGACACCAAACUGUUGCAUUCUGUUUUGUGAUGCUUUUCCAGGCUUGUACCACAGCUUCUUUCAGUUGUUUGUUUUGGAGGGUUUCUCCCACCAGUCUCCUCUUCAGGAGGUGAAAUGCAUGCUCAAUUGGGUUCAUGUCUUGUGAUUGACAUGGCCAGUCUAAAACGUUCCACUUUUUUCCACUGAUGAAGUCCUUUGCUGUGUUGGCAGAGUGAUUUGGGUCAUUUUCUUUCUGCAAGAAGUUCCUCCCAAUUAGAUUGGAUGAAUUGCUCUGUAAACUGGCAGUCAGAAUGUUUCUGAAGACUUCUGAAUUCGUUCAUUAGAGGUUAAUCUCUGUAUUUUUUUCAAUUCCAAUCUGGACAUCUGAUUCAUAAUGCUAAUGGGUGGUUUACAUCUUGUGUCAUGGCCUCUAUAUUUCUGCUCUCAAAGUCUUCUUCAAAUAGUGUAUUGUGAUACCUUCACCCGUGUGAUUUCAGGACAUCACAAAUUAUUGUACUGGCUAUGCCCAAUUCUUGUGUAAUGGCUCUGAUAGAUUUUCCCUCUUUUCCUAGCCUCAAAAGGGCUUGCUUUUCUCCCAUAGGCAGCUCUCUGGUCUUCAUGUUAGUUUAUCCUUUUUAACAACAAAUUCAGCCAUCACAUUCAAAACCCAGGGCUUAAACCAAGAGUAGACAUUCAGAGCUAUUAACUGUUUAAAUAAUCAAUCUAUCAGGGCACUCCUGGGCAACAAUAAACACCUGCCAGUCAUAUGUUCCAAUAUUUCUGAUCACUUGAAAAAUGGGUGGAUUCAAACAAAAGGUGCCAUGUUCUAAGUUGUUUAACACAUCUAGUUGUAAAUAUCAGGAAAUGAAAGCUGUAAUUUUCAUCUAUCAUCUCAUAUUCAUCUUUUGAUUGCAAACCCAAAUGUCUUCAGUGUAUAGCAAAAACAAUAGAACUGGCCUUGCCAUUCCAGUACUUUCAUCGAGGACUGUAUGUACAGCACUUUGGGCAACUAUUGUUGUUUUAAAUGUGCUUUAUAAAUAAAACUUCCUUACUUAAAUUAUUCACAGAUUUAUGCCAAUUAGAUAUCCUAUUAUUCAUUAAUAGGUUUUUUUCUGAACGAUAGCCUUUCUUAGCACAAUAAUUAUUUAAACUAAAUUAACUUUAUUUAGACUUCUAUCUAUUGCAUGCAGUUAGACUCCAUUUUAUAGACCUUAGGACAAGGCUAAACUAUAGUCAAAAAGUCUAUAAUGAAAAUGCAUAACAGUGGAUUUUGUCUACUUAAAGCUAAUCACCAAAAACACAAGGUUCAAAAUAAUAUAAUAUACAGAUGUGUGAGGGUGUGAUGUGGCAGACAGAUUGUCAGUCAUUGUACAGGGAUAAUGCUUGGAUUUUACUCAGGUAGAAGAUUAUGUUCUGGUUGUUGCCUACUAGGAAUCUAAAAUCAGCACCCCUUCAGUUCAGCUAGCAACAGAUUAAAUAUGUUGAUUAUGAUGUUGAUAUACCAAUACUUUACGUAGGUACCUGUGUCCUGCGAUGACAGUUGACUCUGAUAACACCAUCAUUAUUUAAAGUAUCCCCACUGCUCUAUGACACUGCCAGCUCCUCUGCUUGUGAGAGCAGUGGUGGUGGUGAUCCCCACCCAUUUUAGGGGCUUCAGCCUUCUUGCUGUUGGCUACAAAUUGAAACUAACAUAGGUCUAAGUCUGAAAUUAGGUUCCAAUUAAGGAAAUGUAGCUCUAAGCAAAAAUAUCUUUUAUGUCUUGGUUAAUUUUUAAUCUCCUGUUCUAAUUUGUUGAUAAAUCCUUUUAUUACCAUCAGUGAAUUCAAACUAUUAAAAGUAUUAAAUUCAGGCACAAUACUAAUAAUGAACUACUGAACCUUAGUUUUUCAUUUACAUUACACAUUUUAACAGUUCUCAUAUUCAGACCUCAGUAUUUUAUGUUUCAGGUGUGAAAAUUAUUUUUGUCUCACACACAGCAAAUCCUUUAUCAGAAUGCCACUGAUGAGGGAAUUUUAUGUUCUCUGUGAACACGUGGUGAGUAAUAUUGAGCGUGAAAAUUCUAAUCUGCUAACUCUAGAUAGGUCACGUUGGCUUCACUCGACGCAGAGUUCAAUUUUAGGCUUUAUUAAACCCACUUUCUGGAACACACUCCCCUGGAUCAUAGUUAUCAAAUGUAUUAGUGUUUAACCUAAAUAUUUCCAUGUGCACAUUAUACUAUGUAUGUGAUGUAGAUUAAAUAUAGCAUUAUAAAAAUUUUGCAUUAUACUUAAUAUUUAUUUUGACUAAUAAUCAAAUAUAUUUAAAAUAAUAUUAAUCAGAUGAUAUUUUCAAUCAUGAAUAGUUUUCCCAGACCUCAUACACACAAGCAUUACAUUAUACUUAAAAAAUAAAAUAAAAUAAAAAAAGGAUUCAUAUUACUUCAGAAUCAUCAGCUAUGUCAUAAGCUUUACUAUUAAACACAUGAAAUUUAUUUCACAUUUUGUUUACUGACAGAAACUGGUCUUUUCCUACCAGCAGGUUGUGUACAAGCCCCAAAAAAGUCAAUUGUGAUGUAGAUACACAGUAUAUAAUCAAACAGUUAUAUAAUCAGACAAUGCAACAAACUGCAGUAGCUUAAGCUAACAAGGUGCCUGUGAAGAAAGAGAUUGUCACUGUUGGUCAGUGUCUGUGAGUGCAAAUAUGCAGUGUUUUAUGUGUCUACUGUUUUUCCUGUCAGUAAACUUGCUGCUAACUGUUGAGCUUGUGCAAUAAUAAAAAUAUAUAAUCCAUC